UCGAGAUGCCCUACUCUCUCAAAGGAAGAAACGUCCUGGUCACCGGUGGCUCCAGAGGCCUCGGGGCCGUCAUUUGCAAGAAGUUCGCCGAGGAGGGAGCCAAUAUUGCAAUCAACUAUUUCUCUAAUGUCGAUGCUGCUCAGAAUGUGGCUGAUUCACUACAGCCGUAUUCUGUUAAGACAUUCAUUAUUCAAGGUGACGCCGAGAAGAGGGAGGAUAAUGUUCGUAUCGUCCAAGAGACCGUCAAGAAACUUGGUGGACUUGAUAUCAUCAUUGCGAAUGCCGGUUGGACCAAGAUGUCUCCGUUUGCCGACCUGCAUGCGUUAUCCGACGAGGACUGGAACAAGUGCUGGGCAGUCAAUGUCAUGUCUCAUCUGCAUCUCAUGCAGGAAGCAGCGCCCAUUUUCAAUGCGAAUCCCGAUGGUGGCGUCUACCUGAUUACCUCCUCUAUCGCUGGCGCAACUCAGAGCGGUAGCAGCAUGGCGUAUUCCGUUGCGAAGGCCGCUGGUUUGCAGCUCAUGAAGAAUCUUGCCUAUACUCAAGGCCCCAAGAUACGAGUCAAUGCUGUUCUUCCUGGACUGUUAUUGACCGAAUGGGGCCGACUUUUCCCGGAAGAAGUCAUCGACGGAUACAAAAGGAUAUCUACACUGAGAGACGUGGUUGAACUCGAUGACUGUGCCGAUGUGUUUGUUUCGUUGGCCAAGAAUUCUUCUAUGACUGGUCAGCAGAUUGUCGUCGAUUCUGGUGCUAUUUUGGGGCACCCCGGGACGAAACCCAUCCAUAGACAAGAGUAG